AUGGCUGCUGCGUUGGAGAAGAUCACUGCCCACUACCUCGCUCUACUAACUGCUCGUCGAAGCCGCGCCAUUCUUGUUCCGAUAGCUGCGAUAGCUGUCAUUUUCACGCUCAUCAAUAUUACGGAACGUGCCUACCAGCAACCAUCGAUCAACGUUGAGGCUCUAUCAUCAACCAACAUUGAGAGAGCCUCGACGACCGAAGGCCUUACCGACUGGUCAAAGUUUGCCUAUGUCCAAUAUGCUACCAGCAGCAAAUACCUCUGCAAUGCCGUCAUGCUGCUGCAGAGCUUACACCACCUUAAAAGUCGCGCCGACAGGGUCUUGAUGUAUCCUACAAAGAUGCUUCCAGACCCUGAAGACGUGGAUGGCGGAGAUUUUCAAGAAAGAGAAUUGUUGGUCAAGGCGCGAGAUGAAUACGGAGUCAAAUUGGUGCCGGUUCAAAUUCAGCAUAGAGAUAUUGUCGAUGACACAUGGGCCGACUUUGACACCAAAUUGCUGGCCUUUAACCAGACUCAGUACGAGCGACCAUGCCGCGGGGCUUACUGGCUCCUCGGAAACGAAACAGCAAAAGAGGCACUGGCCUCGCCAUUUUUCGUCAUCCAACCCGACAAGUAUGAAUUCGAUCGCAUCCAGAAGGCGAUCGCCCUCGAUGACGAAUACGACAUGGAGCUCUUGAACAAGCUAUAUCACGACACGGCUAUGAUGCUCCCUCAUAGGCCGUACACCAUGAUGUCGUCUGAACUUCGCGAGACAAAUCACACUUUGUAUCUUGGCUCCGGUGCGGAAGAAUGGAAUUCGACAGAGGUGAUGAGCCAAGUUAGGACAAUUCGUAUUUCAGAUUACCCUGUGCCGAAGCCAUGGAAGAAGUAUUGGACAAUCGACGAUUAUCAAAAUUCCUUCAAGCUGGAACCAAGGUGUGAGAUGAAGCGGGAUAUGCAGAAGAAUAAAAUGGGCGGCCAUGAUAAAGAAGAUGGUUGCUCAGGAAGGGACGCGUGGAGAGAGCUGUAUGCCGAUUUCAAAGCCCGAAAGGCCACCGUCUGUGCUAGAAAAGCAUGGGCAGAAGAUGACGAGGUAGAGCUGGACCUGGUGAGAGAAGAGGGCAUGAUUGGCCUCAACCCAAUUCCCAUCAUCACCAUGUCUGCCUCAGCGUCACCACCCCUCGCCAACCUCCUCCCCCCCAGCUGGAAGCCCCAAGUCACCGCCUGGCUCGCCGAAGACACGCCCUCGCUCGACUACGCCGGCUUCGUCGUCGGCGAACACCCGCGCACCGCCACCCUCUGGGGCAAGUCCGCCGGCAUCAUCGCCGGCCGGCCGUUCUUCGACGAGGUCUUCCACCAGUGCGGCUGCACCGUCGAGUGGCACGCUGAAGAAGGCUCGCGGCUCGACCUCGGCAGCAACGGCGGCAAGAUGAAGGUCGCCACCGUCACAGGCCCUGCAAGGGGACUGCUGCUGGGCGAGCGGGUUGCGCUGAACACGCUGGCGCGGUGCUCCGGCGUCGCGACGCAGAGCGAGCUGCUCGUCUCGAAGCUGCGGGCUGCGGGAUACAAGGGCGUGCUGGCGGGGACGCGCAAGACGACGCCUGGAUUCCGGCUGGUGGAAAAGUACGGCAUGCUGGUCGGCGGCGCGGACGGGCACCGCAUGGAUUUGAGCUCGAUGGUGAUGCUAAAAGACAACCACGUCUGGAGCCGGGGCAGCAUCACCGAGGCCGUGGCGGCGGCGAAAGCCGUUGCGGGCUUCAGCAUGAAGAUUGAGGUCGAGGUGCAGAGCGAGGCGGAGGCGGAUGAGGCAAUUGGCGCGGGCGCGGACGUCGUGAUGCUGGACAACUUUACGGGCGAUGGGGUCAAAGUUGCGGCGGCGAGCUUGAAGGAGCGGUGGGCGGGCAAGAGGCACUUUUUGCUCGAGGUGUCGGGGGGGUUGAGGGAGGAUAAUGUCGAGCCAUGUGGACAUAAUCUCUACCAGCUCGAUUCAUCAGGGGGUGCCGCAUGUGGAUUUCUCGCUCAAGAUUAA